AUGACAUUAAUGGUAUAUAAAUAUAAUGCGGAAGAAAUUACGAAAAUAUAUGAAAAAAGAUAUAUUUUAAAACAAAAAAUUUAUAAAUUAUUUGUUAGUCAAUGUAAAAAUAUCGAAGAAUUAUCAUGGAAUGACUCACAACCUUUGUCAUUCUUUCCUAGGACUUCAAGAUUAAAUUCUUUAAUUAAUGCAGAAAGAAAUUUAAAAGAAGUAUUAAUUUAUAAUAAUAGGAAAUUUGAUUGUAAAGAAUUAAUCAAAGCAUUAGAAAAAAACGAUACGAUAACUAAACUUCUUUUGAGUUCAAAAGCUAACAAUGCUGGAAUAUUAAUUAAAGCUAUUGCUAAACAUUGUCCAAAAGUUGAAGAAUUAACAACAUAUCGUGGACCAAAAGAUUUUAUUCAUGUAAAAUCAUUAUUACUCAAUAAUUGUAGAAAUUUAUCUUCCAUAGUGUUGAAUAGUUUGAUUCAAGUUUGA